UGGGCGCGCUGGGAGUCCCCGGCCAUGGCGGAGAAAGUUUCGGUGGCUGCCGAGCGGCCACGGGCCGCCGGAUCCUCUUGCUCCGGCUCCUCCUCCGGCUCGGAAACUCUGUCCGAGGAGGGAGAGCCCGGCGGCGGGGCGGCGGCGGCGGCGGCGGCUCCCGGCGUGGAACGGGCGAGCCGUGGCGGGCGGGCGGACGAGGACGAUAUUUCGCUGGAGGAGCGCGAUGAGGAGCUUGAUCACAUACUGUCCCCACCACCUAUGCCUUUUCGAAAAUCCAGCAAUCCAGAGGUCUUAUCUGGCCCCGGAAAGUCUUUCAAAUAUAAGAGGCAACUGAGUGAAGAUGGGAGACAGCUCAGAAGAGGAAGCCUUGGAGGAGCUCUGACUGGCAAGUAUUUGCUUCCCAAUGGAAAUGGACAUCAGCUAUGGCAACCUGCAGAAACCACCAAUCUUGUUCGCAUGCGCUGCCAAGCACUUGGGCAGUCAGCACCUUCACUUACUGUUAGUUCGGAAGGGGCACCUCAGAAGAGUCAUUUCAGCUCAGCACGUCACCGUCAGAGACUAGUGGAACCGGCGGCUUCAAAAAAGGAAUUGAGCCUUCCAAGAAGAGGAAGUCUUCUCACCCCAAGGAGCCUGAGCCCAACCCCAACAAGCCCUUGCAGUCCAUGCAGCCCUCUGUUCGCUUUUCAUUUUUGGAGCUGUAGAACAAGCAAUCGAAAGAGUUUGAUGGGCAAUGGCCAGUCUCCAGCUCUGCCUCGACCUCAUUCACCUCUCUCAGCACACACAGGAAACAGUCCUCAAGACAGUCCUAGGAAUUUCUCUCCCAGUGCCUCAGCCCACUUCUCUUUUGCAAGAAGUCAUGGGCACCGAAAUGACAGGACUGAUGGUCGUCGCUGGUCUUUGGCUUCCCUCCCUUCUUCUGGCUAUGGUACAAAUACACCCAGCUCAACUGUUUCUUCAUCUUGUUCAUCACAAGAGAAACUACACCAGUUACCUUACCAACCAACACCUGAUGAACUACAUUUUUUAUCUAAACAUUUCUGUACUACUGAAAGCAUUGCAAGUGAUAACAGAUGCAGGACCACAGCAAUGCGCCCUCGCUCCAGAAGUCUCAGGCACGGUGUUUGUGGCAUGGAACUUGUGCAUGUUACAGCAUUACUUGCAGAAGUGACAGCUUUUACCUGCCGUCCUGGACGUUCUCCUGCCUGCUGUGACAAUGAGAUCAUUAUGAUGAACCAUGUCUACAAAGAAAGGUUCCCAAAGGCCACAGCCCAGAUGGAAGAGAGGCUUCAGGACGUUAUAACAAAUCAUUCUCCAGAAAACGUCCUUCCGCUGGCAGAUGGUGUACUCAGUUUUACCCACCAUCAGAUCACAGAACUGGCUCGAGAUUGUUUGGAUAAAUCCCACCAGGGCCUCAUCACAUCUCGAUACUUCCUUGAAUUACAGCAGAAAUUAGACAAAUUGCUACAGGAGGCUCAGGAGCGAUCAGAGAGUGAAGAACUGGCAUAUAUCAAGCAACUAGUCAGAAAAAUCCUCAUAGUUAUUGCUCGCCCUGCUCGUUUACUGGAAUGCCUGGAAUUUGAUCCAGAAGAGUUUUACUAUCUUUUGGAAGCAGCUGAAGGCCAUGCUAAAGAAGGACAAGGCAUUAAAACCGACAUUCCCCGCUACAUUAUUAGUCAGCUGGGCUUAAAUAAAGAUCCUUUAGAAGAAAUAGCUCAGCUAGCUAACUGUGACAAUGGGACAGCAGAAUCUCUGGAAAUGGAUGAAUCAGUAACUAGCUCUAAUACCUCACUACAGCUCCGGAGAAAACCUCGAGAAAGUGAUUUUGAAACAAUCAAACUGAUUAGUAAUGGAGCUUAUGGUGCGGUUUAUUUGGUGAGACAUAAAGAAACCAGACAAAGAUUUGCCAUGAAGAAGAUAAAUAAGCAGAAUCUCAUCCUUCGAAACCAGAUCCAACAGGCCUUCGUCGAGCGUGAUAUCCUGACGUUUGCAGAAAACCCCUUUGUUGUCAGCAUGUAUUGUUCUUUUGAAACAAGACGUCAUUUAUGUAUGGUCAUGGAAUACGUAGAAGGUGGAGACUGUGCUACUUUGAUGAAAAAUAUGGGCCCCUUACCUGUGGACAUGGCAAGGAUGUAUUUUGCAGAGACUGUUCUGGCCUUGGAAUACCUUCAUAAUUACGGAAUUGUACACAGGGAUUUGAAGCCAGAUAAUUUAUUGGUAACAUCCAUGGGCCAUAUAAAGCUUACAGACUUCGGUCUAUCAAAGGUGGGGCUAAUGAGUUUGACUACCAAUCUGUAUGAGGGUCACAUUGAGAAGGAUGCCAGAGAAUUCCUUGAUAAACAAGUUUGUGGUACACCUGAAUACAUAGCUCCUGAAGUAAUACUGAGACAAGGUUAUGGAAAACCAGUGGACUGGUGGGCUAUGGGUAUUAUUCUUUAUGAAUUUCUUGUUGGGUGUGUGCCAUUCUUUGGAGAUACACCAGAAGAGCUGUUUGGACAAGUAAUCAGUGAUGAAAUCAUCUGGCCUGAAAAGGAUGAAGCACCACCUCCAGAUGCUCAGGAUCUCAUUACCCUGCUGCUCAGGCAGAAUCCCUUGGAAAGACUGGGAACAGGUGGUGCAUAUGAAGUAAAGCAACAUCAGUUCUUCAGGAGCCUUGACUGGAACGGUCUGCUCAGACAAAAAGCAGAGUUUAUUCCACAGUUGGAGUCUGAAGAUGACACAAGUUAUUUUGACACUCGUUCUGAGAAAUACCACCACAUGGAAACUGAGGAAGAAGAUGAUACAAAUGAUGAGGAUUUCAAUUUGGAGAUAAGACAGUUUUCCUCAUGUUCACACAGAUUUUCAAAAGUGUUUAGUAGCAUAGACCGAGUUUCUCAAACACAAGGUGAUGAAAAGGAGGAUGCAGGAGAUAAAACAAAAAGUGUCACAUUGCCUUCAGUGGAAUCUUUAAGCUGGAGUUCAGAAUAUUCUGAAAUACAACAAGUAUCUACAUCCAUCUCCUCUGACACCGAGAGUAGCAGGCAACGACAUAGUUCUGGUUUGUUGCCAAAACUGGCCAUAUCUGCAGAAGGAGAACAAGAUGAUUCUACCUGCUUAGCUGGAGCACAGGAAGAGCAGGAAAAGCCUGCAUUAGUGAGUGAAGAAAUAGUGCCAGACGAACCUGAAGUAACAACUCCAGCAAGUACAAUAAGCAGCUCCACACUGUCAGUUGGCAGUUUUUCGGAGCACUUAGAUCAGAUGAACGGACGAAGCGAAUGUGCGGAUAGCACAGAUAACUCCUCAAAGCCUCCCACUGAAGUUGCAUUUCAGAUGGCUCGUCAGAGAUUAGAAAGUACAGAGAAAAAGAAGAUCUCUGGAAAAGUUACAAAGUCCCUUUCUGCAAGUGCUUUGUCCCUCAUGAUCCCAGGAGAUGUGUUCGGUGUUUCUCCUUUGGGAAGUCCAAUGUCUCCUCAUUCGCUAUCAUCUGAUCCUUCGUCCUCUCGAGAUUCCUCUCCUAGUCGUGAUUCUUCAGUUGCUACUGCAAGUCCUCAUCAGCCAAUUGUAAUUCACAGUUCAGGAAAAAAAUACGGCUUCACCAUCCGAGCAAUCAGGGUUUAUGUGGGAGACAGUGAUAUUUACACUGUGCACCAUAUUGUUUGGAAUGUGGAAGAAGGAGGCGCAGCAUAUCAAGCUGGUUUGAAAGCUGGGGACCUAAUUACUCAUAUCAAUGGAGAGCCAGUGCAUGGUCUUGUUCAUACGGAAGUCAUUGAGUUGUUGUUAAAGAGUGGCAACAAAGUGUUGAUUAUGACAACACCUUUUGAAAACACUUCCAUCAAGACAGGACCUGCCAGGAGAAACAGCUGCAGGAGCCGAAUGGUCAGGCGCAGUAAGAAAACCAAGAAGAAAGAGAGUUUAGAGAGGAGGAGGUCUCUCUUUAAAAAGUUGGCCAAGCAGCCCUCUCCUCUUCUUCACACCAGCAGAAGUUUCUCCUGCCUGAACCGAUCACUUUCAUCAGGGGAGAGCUUACCUGGAUCUCCAACUCACAGCUUGUCUCCAAGGUCACCUACCCCAAGCUACCGUUCCACUCCUGAUUUUCCAUCUGGUACUAAUUCUUCCCAGAGUAGCUCCCCUAGUUCAAGUGCUCCCAAUUCUCCAGCUGGGUCAGGACACAUAAGACCCAGCACUCUUCAUGGCUUGGCCCCAAAGCUUAGCGGGCAAAGAUACAGAUCUGGAAGACGCAAAUCAGCUGGCAGCAUUCCUCUAUCUCCUCUGGCAAGAACACCUUCCCCAACACCACAGCCCACAUCACCUCAGAGAUCUCCAUCACCAUUGCUAGGGCAUUCAAUUGGGAAUACAAAAAUAGCUCAGUCUUUUCCUAGCAAGAUGCACUCCCCUCCAACUAUUGUAAGACAUAUUGUUAGGCCAAAAAGUGCAGAACCACCACGAUCUCCUCUCUUAAAGAGAGUCCAGUCAGAAGAGAAACUUGCACCCUCUUAUGCUAGCGAUAAGAAACACUUGUGUUCACGAAAACAUAGUCUUGAAGUGACUCAGGAAGAAGUGAAUAGAGAAUUGUCCCAGAGGGAAGUAACUCUUCAGAGCUUGGAGGAGAAUGUAUGUGAUGUGCCAUCACUCACACGAGUCAGACCUGCAGAGCAAGGCUGCUUGAAGCGUCCCAUCUCCCGAAAACUAGGUAGGCAAGAAUCCAUUGAUGAAUUAGACAGAGAAAAGCUGAAGGUGAAGAUAGUUAUGAAAAAACAAGAUUUUGCUGAAAAAGUGAAUGCUGCUAUACAUGAACCUAGCACUGAACCAGAAAAUCCCAAUACCAUAAGAUUGGAAGAAAGGGACAAAAAAGCAUUCCAAAAGGUAUUAGAAAGAUCAAAUCCAUUUGAAACAAAAAUUGUUGCUUUAGAGACCCAACCAGCUGGAGGCAUACUCAAAGACACUCUUCAAAAGAAUGCAAACUUGAGAUCAAACGACUGUAGUGCUUUAGAUACACAGAUGCUGUGUCAUGGGUCUCCACUUAAUGAAGUCAGUCAUAUUUCUUACGAGUUCAAAAGGAUUUCCCCUCCAUGUACACUGCAAGAUAUGCCACCUCAAUCCUCUGACAGGAUGCUAAAUGGAAAGGGAGAAAACACAGAUAAAAAUGUUCCAACAAAAGAAUUUGUCAAAUAUGAAAGAUUAGAUGGUAAACUUGCAAAUAUUGAUUAUCUUAGAAAGAAAAUGUCUUUUGAAGAAAAAGAUGAGAGUGUCUGCCCAGUGCUAAAACCCAAACUGACAUCGAAUGUUCAUGAAGGCCUUCAACUUAAUGCAGUCAGGCCCAUAAGCAUUCAGCAGGAUUCCACUACAGUUGCUGAAGGUAGAGCAUUCAUUAGCAGUGCACAUGCUUCUCAGAUGAGCUCAGUUUCUUUUGUUCCCCUGAAAACAUUGAACAGUCGAACAGAAACAAGUAUGGAAAAAUCAUCUGUGAUUUCUGCUGAGUCACCAGUCAGAAAAAGUCCAUCAGAAUAUAAACUUGACGGGAGGUCUGUUUCCUGUUUGAAGCCAAUAGAAGGCACACUAGACAUUGCUUUGCUUUCUGGACCACAGGCUUCAAAGACUGAGUUACCUUUGUGUGUACUGCCAGAAGGACAGAGCACCAGCAGUGAUAUGGGAUCUCCUAAACCUUCAGUGCCACAGGGGAGUGGUGGAAAGUCAGAACUGGCCUGUCAGAAAGAGCAUCUGUUAAGCCAUUCAAAAUCUAGCAAAGUUAACCUGCCAGAGGCUCAGGUUCUGCAAACAAGCAAAGCUAACCUGCCAGAGGCUCAGGUUCUGCAAACAAGCAAAGCUAACCUGCCAGAGGCUCAGGUUCUGCAAACAAGCAAAGUUAACCUGCCAGAGGCUCAGGUUCUGCAAACAAGCAAGAGUUCUCCCAGUCCACCAGUCAUCCCUAUGGCUGCAGAAGUGGUGGCAGAGAAAAAAACUUCUAGUCCAGUUGCUAAAGUCAGCAUUUCUAUUACUGAAGCUGUUCAGAAGAAGGACAACUUUCCUUCAAAGGAAGACAGUUCAGUGGAGGUGAAGUCCUGUGUUACUCAAAGUCAGAGUGUUAAAAGUGCCCUAACAUACUCUAAGCUUUCUACUAACCAAAGCACUCCUGAAAAACCUCUGAACAAAGAGAAGCACGUACAAAAGGAGUUGCCUGGCAGACAGCCAGCAGCCCAGAGAAAUUGUGAGCCUAUCUCUGCAAAGGUGGAGGUGAUCAGGGAGUCAACUUUGAAGGUAUCUGUCUCAGAUAUCCUGACAACAAACUACUCCAAAGGCAGUGAAAAGAAUUCUGCUGAUCUUGCCAUUCCACCUCAAAUGCAAGGGAAUUUGCAGGCAGCUGGUCCAAGGGCACACCCUAAGGAUGGCAGAGAUUCAGUAAAACAGCUAAGCAAGGAAGAUGCUGUUGUUGCUAGCAGUUUUCUGGAAAGGGACAUAACCAAGCAGAAAGUUCUCAGUGAGUCUAAGAAAAUUAUUGUAGAGUCAAAGAGUGAAAAUCUAUCCAAACCCUCAGUAGAAUGUGAUCCUAGAACUGAGAAGACUGCAUUGGUGUCCUCUGUGCAGAAGGAUAAAACCAAAGAUUUGGGAAAGAAAGAUCAGAAACAGGUCCCUGACAUAAGGCUUCCAGCCACUGAGAGAGAGCAGUCCAGCCAAGUUCCUCAGCAGCAACCUAGUGCUCCAGUGUCCCCUGCUGUGAGAGAUGCUGUAAGCAAACGCUGUGCUGUAGAUGUUCACACAGAUAUUCAAGAUCACAUGAAGCCUCCUACCACUGGUGUGGAAAGCAGUACUAAUAAACUCAGGCCCGUCUCUGAUAUGAGUUCCUCUAAGUCUAAGCACUUGGAUAAACAGAUGUUUUCACAGAAACCAUGCACUCCAAACACAAAAGAAAAAGAAACAGUUGUUCAGAUGUCUGCGAGCUCCCGGAAGGAUGGUAAACAUGCUGGUAAAAAUGUGCCAGAUUCCUCUUUUUUUGUAUCGGGUUCUUCAAGAAAAAUGAACAGUGAGCAUACUAAAUUUGAAAGGCCUGUGAUUUCAGAGCAUGGACUUGUAUCCACUCUUCAAGUGAGCAGUAUCACUCCUGAUACAAAACCCAAAUCAUCUACUGUUGACUCAGGACCAACAGGCCCUGAGAUUUCUAAGCAAAUGCAAAAGCAAGAGCCAGCAGGCUUUGGGGAUUCUGCUGAUCAAAAGCUGUUUCACUUCAGCGAGAAACAAACUGUUUCUCCAAAGUUUUCCACUGUGAAAGACUGUCUCUUGCUGAACAAACAGGCAGACAGAAGCCUUAAUAAUCAGACAGCCUCUCCAGAUAAAAGACCCGAAGGAAAAAUAUGCACCGAUGCACUUUACGUUCAGCAUGACAAUGGGAAAAUGGAGCCUACCCUUUGCCUCACAAACUGUGAUGUUAGAGCAAAAGGAUCAGAAAAAUCAACCUCAACUAGCAAAUGCUCUCCAGAUUCAAAAGGGAAGGGACAAAUUAAUCAAAAACAGCCUGAGAAUGCAAGCAAACAAAUUGCAAUAAAACAUAUGCCAGCUGCCAGUGGGCAGAGUUCUUACCAUGUGGCUGCUGUACCAGGAAAGCCACCGGCUUGUUCAGCCAAUUUCUCUGAAUGUAGACAAGAAGUAUCUGCUUUGUCUUUGGCAAAGAGUGAUGAAUCUUCAGCAAAAAUUAAAGUAGGCUCACUUGAGCUUCCUUCAUUCAACUACAAGGAACAAGUUAAGAAAAGCACCUCUUCCACAGGAAUUUCUAAGACAGAAAUCACUAAAAGUGUGUCAAUGAUAACCUUGCACAGUGCUGCUGUUGUAGAAGCCCACCACUCUGCUUCAAACCUUGGAGGGAAACCUGGAAGUCAAGAAAAGUCUUCUGUUAAUACUGUGGAUGUAAAAGGAAAAGAUGCUGCUCAGGCUCAGCAGUCUGCUUCAAGAAAACAAAAUGUUGGUAAAGAUUUAACUAGGUCAGUAACCACACCUGAUCGUCCAAACGCACUUUCUAAUGAUAAAGACUCAGUCCGGCAGCGUCGAGGGAAAGAAGCUUUACGAAGCAACCCUUACAAAAAAUUCUGUUGACUCUAAUAUGUGGCAAAUAAAAAUUCAACACUAACAGAAACAAAAACAAUAUAUUUUGACUGUCUUGAAACCAGCACUGUGUAGUGUCUUUAUGUGGCAAAGCUUUCAUGUCACUGAAGAGGAUGGGGAUAUAUAGAGAAAGGACUUUUUACAAAAUGCCUUCUCGAUUGUAACCGGUAAAACUGUUACCAUAUAGUAUUUGUACAAAUAUUCAUUUACAGCUGGAAGCUGUAGAAGAAAUAAUUUCCUCUGUAAAUACCUAGCAUUGUGUUUGGGGAUUGAAUGUAGCAUAUAUAUGUUGCUGCUGAUUGCAUUGUUUACUCUCCCCUUUUUAAAAAAUAGUUGCUUUGCCAUUUAUUUGCCAUAAAUAUGAAAGUAAAUUACUAAAAAUGAGACAUGGCACAGACAUGCACAAGCGUUGUCUGACAGGAGGGCAAAAAUCUACUUUACUUACAAAAAAAAGUCCUAGCUAGAGUUAAAAAUGGAAGGAAGAAAUAAGUAUGGUAACUUACCGUGAGUUUUUACAUGUAUUUUUAGUAAUCACAUUUUGAUAGUACUAUCUGGCUACCUGCUUCGCCACACCUAACACAAGAUGAAACUGCAUCUGCCAGUGGCACGAAGCCUGUCUUAUAGAGUGGGGUGUGAUUAAAGCGAAGGGAGGACUGCUUGGCUAUCACAGAGUCUCUGGAAGACUCGUGUUCUCAGUUGGAAUGGUAGUUGGGGUCUUUUCUGAGGGUCGCAGGAUACACUCUGAGCAGAUAAGGAUGAGACUCUGAAGCACAUGCUGUGUCCUUGGUUUCUGCUGCAAUCCUCUCUUUGUUUCCGUGAGCUAGUUUUAAAUUUGGGCCCUUACAGUUUGAGGCACAAGUUACAAGUACAUGACUUCCAGGACUAUUGUGUUCAUCCCUAGUUUUUUUUAAUUAAUUUAGAGAAUACGUUUUAUCAUAGCAUAUAGGUCUGCAUAAUUAGCUGUAGCUUUUUUU